AUGGGCGUGUGUUGGGUGGUGUCGGCGGCGGUGCGGGUGCUGGUGGUGCAGGCGGUGUGGGCGGUGGUGGUGGGGCAGGUGCGGUACUCGGUGCCGGAGGAAGCCAAGGCCGGGACGGUGGUGGGGCGGCUGGCGCAGGACGUGGGCCUGGAGGCGGGCGAGGCGGAGGCGCGGCGGCUGCGGCUGGUGGCGCAGGGCCGGCGGGCGAGCGUGGAGGUGAGCGGGGCGAGCGGGGCGCUGGUGGUGAGCUCGCGGCUGGACCGGGAGGAGCUGUGCGGGAAGAGCGCGCCGUGCGCCCUGCGGCUGGAGGUGCUGGUGGAGCGGCCGCUGCGCGUCUUCCACGUGGAGCUGGAGGUCACCGACAUCAACGACAACGCCCCGCUCUUCCCCGCCGCCCGAAAAAACCUCAGCAUCGCGGAACUGUCGCUGCCGGGAUCUCGGUUCCCGCUGGAGGGCGCGUCGGACGCGGAUAUCGGCUCUAACGCGCAGCUCUCCUACACACUCAGCCCCAGCGAGCACUUCGCUCUGGAUUUACAGCGCAGUGACGAAUACCGAGAAUCCCUGUUUCUGGUGCUGACGAAAGCUCUGGACCGCGAGACGCUGCCCGUGCACCGUGUGGUGGUGACGGCGAGUGACGGGGGCCGGCCGUCUCUGUCGGGCACGAUGGAGCUGGUGAUCUCGGUGCUGGAUGCAAAUGACAACGCGCCCCAGUUCAACCAGUCGGUGUAUAAAGUGCAGCUGCCGGAGAGCGCUGCAGAGGGGGCACUGGUGGUGCGGGUGAACGCCACGGAUCCGGACCUAGGAAGUAACAGUGAAGUGACCUACACGGCGACAAGUUUCCUUCCCAUUAGUGGAAGAGAGGUGAUUGCUGUCAAUCCGAGGACGGGUGAGAUUCGUCUGACAGGCGCCCUGGACUUUGAAGACGUCCGCGUGUUUGAUUUUCGUAUUGAAGCGAGAGACCAAGGCACCCCUCCGCUGUCGGGUCACUGCAGCGUGGAGCUGGAGGUGUUGGACGUGAACGACAACGCGCCCGAGGUGCGGGUGACGUCGCUGUCGGUGCCGGUGUCCGAGGACGCGUCGGUGGGGACGGUGGUGGCCGUGCUGAGCGUGUGGGACCGGGACUCGGGGGCGAACGGGCUCGUGUCGUGCGAGGUGUGGCCGGCGUCGCCGUUCGGUCUGGUGGCGACGUUCGCGGGGUCGUACUCGCUGGUGCUGCGGGAGGCGCUGGACCGGGAGCGGGUGUCGGAGUACGAGGUGGAGGUGCGUGCGGAGGACGGCGGGGCGCCGGCGCUGGUUGGCAGGCUGGGGCUGCGGGUGCCGGUGUCGGACGUGAACGACAACGCGCCGGCGUUCGCGCAGGCGGUGUACACGGUGCUGGCGCGGGAGAACAACGCGGCGGGCGCGGAGCUGGCGCGGCUGUGGGCGCGGGACCCGGACGAGGCGGGCAACGGGCGCGUGAGCUACUCGGUGUGGGAGGGCUCGGGCGGGGGGUGGCGGUCGGCGUCGAGCUACGUGUCGGUGGACGCGGAGAGCGGGCGCCUGUGGGCGCUGCAGGCGCUGGACUACGAGGAGGUGCAGGUGCUGGAGUUCGAGGUGCGGGCGGUGGACGCGGGGGAGCCGCCGCUGUGCGGCAACGCGACGGUGCAGCUGUUCGUGGUGGACGAGAACGACAACGCGCCGGCGCUGCUGCCGGCCGCGGGCGGCGGCGCGUGGGGCGAGGCGGCGCCGGAGGCGGCGUCGGGGCCGGUGCCGGUGGCGGGGGCGUUGUUGUGGGCGUGGGCGGCGUGGGGGGCGCCGGCGGGGCAGGUGGUGGCGAAGAUCCGCGCGGUGGACGCGGACUCGGGCUACAACGCGUGGCUGCGGUACGAGCUGUGGGAGCCGCGGGGGAAGGGCCCGUUCCGCGUGGGGCUGUACAGCGGCGAGGUGAGCACGGCGCGGGCGCUGGAGGAGGCGGACGGCCCGCGGCAGAGGCUGGUGAUCGUGGUGCGGGACCACGGGGAGCCGGCGCGCUCGGCCACGGCCACGCUGAGCGUGUCGCUGGUGGAGGGCGCCGAGGCGGCGGCGGCGGCGGCGGGGUCGUCGCUGUCGUCGGGGUUGGGGUCGGGGCGGGGUCCGUUGUCGGUGGCGGAGGGCGGCGCGGCUUUGUCGUGGUCGUCGGUGACGAACGUGUGGCUGGUGGUGGCCAUCUGCGCGGUGUCGAGCGUGUUGGUGCUGGCGGUGGUGCUGUACGGGGCGUCGCGGUGUGCGCCGCGGGCGGGCGUGGUGUCGGGGCCCGGUGCGGCGACGCUGGUGUGCGCCAGCGAAGUGGGGAGCUGGUCGUACUCGCAGCGCCAGAGCCGGAGCCUGUGCGUGGCGGAGGGCGCGGGCAAGAGCGACCUGAUGGUUUUCAGCCCCAACUUCCCGCCGCCGCCGCCGCCCGGCCCCGCGGCGAAGGAGACGCAGCCGGAGGCGCCCGCUCUGCUGGACACGCCAAAACACCCCAAUCCUGACUGGCGUUACUCUGCAUCCCUAAGGGCAGGAAUGCAAAGUGCUGUGCACGUGGAGGAGGCAGGAGUCCUGCGUGGAGGACCAGGAGGACCUGAUCAGCAGUGGCCAACAGUCUCCAGUGCUACCACAGAACCUGAGGCAGGAGAGGUGUCCCCCCCAGUGGGAGCUGGUGUGAACAGCAACAGCUGGACCUUUAAAUUUGGACCGGGCAAUCCCAAACAAGGUGGUCCUGGUGAGUUGCCAGACAAAUUCAUUAUCCCGGGAUCUCCUGCAAUCAUCUCCAUUCGGCAGGAGCCGCCCAACAGCCAAAUUGACAAAAGUGACUUCAUAACCUUUGGCAAGAAGGAAGAGACCAAGAAAAAGAAGAAAAAGAAGAAGGGGAACAAGACUCAGGAGAAAAAAGAAAAGGGCAACAGCACCACUGAGAACAGUGACCAGUGAGGGGUUUAUACUGAGAGAAUCCACUUAGCCAGUUUUUGUAAUAAUGGCAGAUUUCUCCUAUGUAGCAGCUCCCAACUUCUUCCUACCGUUAACAAAUUUCCUGUAUGUACAGACUUGAGAAAAUCAGCAGGAAAUUCACAGUGUCUGUCUAAAUUGCUUAACAGGUUUUUGUCUUAACAGCUUUAUUAAGUCUGGUGUUAACUCUUUUUCUCCACUCUGGCUUGUUUUCAGACUCUAAAAAGCAGACACAAGUUUCCUUUCUCCUACGCCGAAAAGGAGAAUCUUCACAGUACAGCCAGUGAGAGGUUGGACUCUCUGCACUGUGGUUCCUGUGCUCCUGUCUUGAUGACACUUACAGGGCAGGUUUAAAAGGUUUAAUGUUGUGCACCCUCUAUCUGAUUGGAAAUACUCAUGUGCAGAUGUCAGCUAGGUGGUAUGAGAUCAGGCUCUAAAAUGCAAGAAGAGCUGGUAAAUAAACAACAGAGGAAACACCUAAUGAACAGAAAUGUUCAAAGAUGUUCAGGCUGGGGAGGAAAUGUCUGAAAGGAGAUGCCCAGACUUUUCAAAUCUUGAGAAGUGACAGUGUGGGAAUACUGAGUCCUAUCCAUGACGUAUUGUACACACUCCUGCAAAUAAACCCUCACAUUUACAGCUCUUUAAGCUACCAUAAAAUUUAGCUCUUACCAAGCAAGCCAAUGGGAAAAUUGUCCCUUAAGGCCCUGGGUUACCCUUGGCCCUCCGAGUUGGAGAAGGGCUGGGCUGACAUCCCAGGAAUGUAACUGACUGUGAUGCUCUGUGUCCCUUUUGCCACUCUAACAUUAUUUUGCACAUUCUGUCUCUGAAAAGGUCAGAGUUUUUCCACGACACUUAUGCAAAAGAGAGAGAGAGAGAAAAAAAGAAACGUUAACUAUGCUGUUUGUUAUCUGAGAUAUUUAUUUAUAAAGAAAUAUAGCUGUAAAUGUUAAAGAAAUACGAUGCCCUUUAACCCAAACAGAAGCGAAUCUAGAGCCAUUAUAAAUGAUAAUUGCUGCUAUUAAAGUGCUUUAGAAAAAUUGCCUGAAACAUCUGUAUUAUAUCGGCCACUUGCCAAUAACAGCUUUAUUCUGUGGGGUGAUUGAGGGCUGCCUCUUGCAUGUAUUACUAAAUACAGGAAUAUCUUUUUCUUUUUGACUUUUUUUUUUUGGCAUUAACCUGCACUUUGAACACACCUUUGCAAACCAACUGUCCUAAUAUGAAGAAGCAGAAGCAAACUCCUCACACACAUGGAUUUACUGACCUGCUAGCUCUGUGCAGUGCCCUGGUGUUACCUCCCACACAACCUUUUCUGAUUUUAGUUCUACUUUUCUAUGAGAUGAUGACUUUCCAACCCUACUAACACUAGUGUGUAAAAUUCAAGUACUGUAUGUAUGCUGUAUGCUCUUAUAAGAAUCCUGCAAUAUUUAUUCUGUGCUUGUGUAUGUGAAUGUCAAUGCAACUAUUAUUAGAGUGGAAUUUAAGCUUUACUGUUGAAUGUAAAUCCAUUAUUGCUUUUUUUGUACACUUGUGAAGAAGUGGAGUAGUGUUAAUUUUUUUUUUUAAGCCACUGUUGAUUAUCAAGUUUUUUUGUGUAUGAAACACAAGUAAAAUAUCUUUCUUAAAUCAA